CCCCGAAAUCCGUACCCUAAACGGCCUAAACACUUUAAUUCUAUUAUACUAAAACUAAACAGUCAUGAUUUAUGAGUACUUUUAAACAGUGAAUUGAGAUUUUACGUCCAAGUAAUAAUCUAUGACAAACAUUUUUAUUUUGUCUUUAUUCAAGUUUUCAAUGAUUGUGACUUGUAUGGUCUCCACUCGCUAAAUAGUUGUCUGCUUUGUGAUUGUUAAGCACUUAAACAUCUCGAACUCGUCUUCAGGUUUCAAUUACUGUAUUAUUCAUUUUUUUUGUAAUAGUGCGUUUUGUGUUACACAUUCGAUUUCAUUUCCAUUUUUAUUGAUUACGCGGAUUAUAGUGUCAACAAGUUUUAACCUAUUGGCUAUUAUAUUUAUUAAAUGUUUUCGAAUACCUAUUGUUGAUGCUUAUCGUAUAGUGUAAAUUAUUUAGUAUUUAAAUUUAAAUUAUUAUUCAUCGUGUUUCGUGAAUUCAACACUAUGGAAAUGUUAAACCACGACGUUUUACCCUACACUAAUGAUUUAUAUUAUACCGAUUGUUUUCAAAAAAAUGAAAUAAUGGGUGAGGUAUAUAUUGCGUUUGCAAAAUUACCUACUGCUGCGGAUAAAUUCUUGUAUACAUAUAACAUCCUUAAAAAAUAUAAUAAAUUACCUAUGGAGUGUAAAUUGACAAAUCCCAAAUGUAACAAAAAAGCUCGAUUAAUCAGAGCAGAUGCAAAUGUAAAAUUUCAAAACAAGGACUAUAUCUCCGCUUUUUGUGAAUACAAUAAAUGUGUUAUGACUGCAAAAAUUGAUAGCAAAGACUUUGUGUUUGCUCUGGCAAAUCGUUCAGCUGCUCUCUAUUAUUUAGAAGAAUAUGAGGCUUGUAUUCAUGACAUUCACCAAGCUUUAGCAAAAAAUUAUCCUAUUGAACUAGCCUACAAGUUAUAUGAAAGAGAAGUAAAAUGUCUACAACUUAUGGGGAAAACUUCACAAGCCAAAUUAAAAUUUAAAGAACUUUUGUAUCAUUUAUCUCGAGCUUCGCUGUCUAAAGAAAAUAAAAAAGAUAUUGAAAUGCAAAUUAAAAGGCUUUUGAAAGAAACCAAUAAAAAAGAUACAAAUAAUCAACUAAAUUUAAUUAAAUUAUUAGGAGGUCCAAACAGAAAUAUUCCAGCAUUGUCCAAAUUUGUCAAAAUGAAAUAUUCAGAAUCAAUGGGCAGAUGUUUGGUUGUUUCAUCUGAUAUUAAUCCAGGAGAUGUUCUUGCUAUUGAAAAACCUUAUGCAGGAGUACUCAGACGAGAAUCCUAUGAAUAUAACUGCCAAAACUGUUUUAAACGUUGUUUGAAUGGCAUACCUUGUUUAAAAUGUACUUUGGUAAUUUACUGUAAUGAAACUUGUAGAGUAAAAUCUUAUGAGAAUGGUCAUAAAUAUGAAUGUUCUAUAUUUUCAACAUUUAAUAAUUGGCCAAGUAUGGAUCACAUGGAACAUUUAUCACUUUACAUAUUCUUAAAAUCCAUUUGUAACUUAGGAUUGGAUAAGUAUAUUGCUACUGUACUUGCUUUGAAUGCUGAAACUAGUGAUCCGAUGAUGCGAGGUUUUAAUAAUGGCAAAUAUUUAUCUGACCAAUUUUGUUCUGUAUACACUUUGGAAGGAAAUGAAACUAAAAGAACUGUGAGUGAUCUAUUUUUAAGAAAUUGUUAUGCUGCUAGUAUGGUUUCGAUUAUGAAAUUAGCGGGCUUACAAAUACCGGAUCAUCAACUAGGUACUGUUGGUGAAUCAUUAGUUCAUAUAAUAUGUGCUGUUUCCUCUAAUGCUCAUGGUAUAACACAACCCCCAAAUCAUAAGACAUGGAGUCUUAUACAUGAAAAUAAAUUUAUGCCAGUUGCUUCUUUGUUAAUGCCAGUGUUGAGCUUGUUAAAUCAUCAUUGUGAUCCUAACGUAGUAAGACACAACUACAAUGGAACUAUAGUCCUCACAGCAAUUCAACCUAUUUCUAAAAACUCGCAGAUUUUUGAUAACUACGGAUUAUUGUAUGCUACACAUCCAAAAGAAACUAGACAACAAAUACUUAAAAAGCAAUAUUGUUUUCAUUGUGAAUGUUCAUCCUGUGAAGACAAUUGGCCAAUGUAUAAUGUAUUAUCCAAUCAACCGCAAUCAGAAUAUAUAAUAUUUACUGACAUCAGUUCACACUUAAUAGAAAAAUCAUCGAUUAAAUUGUACGAAAUAAUUAACAAAAUUAAAACAAAUGAAUGUGAUGGUCUCCAAUACAUUCAGUUCUUGUACUCUCAUUUAAAACUUCUUUACAAUAAUAUAAAAAGACCAAUAGGCGAGUAUUGUGACUGCCAGGAAACUAUUAAAGAAAUUCUCUAUUGGACAGCCAAUAAGUUUAUUAUUGAAGAUUAUUAAGUUAUUAUAAAUACAAUGGUUGAGUAUUUUUUAU